CCUCAGUGACGUCCAAGCUCGCGGCCAGAGACGCCGUCAAAUCACAAGUUGCGGCAGUCACACAGGGUCGUUUUUAUUUCGUUGACGACUUUUAUGAGUUCAGCUACGCCAUGGAACGCUCAAAUUCGAUAUCCUCGCUAGCAUCCAACGGAUCCACGAGAUCGAGGGAUUCCUCGAGUCCAUUCGCAUACCAAACACGACUUCUGGAAGGCACUUCACCCAGGAGUAGUUUCGGUGUCCUUUCACGGAACAAUUCAUUGGCCUCUAGGCCAUCUCCUUUGGCGGCAGACGCCGCAGUGUUAUCUGGGUCCAGGAGAUGGGCACCUUCUCAUCGUGCCGGAAGUAGCAUUGAUACAGUGCGCGGCAAAUGGGAGGAGCGUGCAAGAGCUGAAGCUGCUCUUGAAGGGCGUCGGUCGACCAGUCCUAAUAAGGAGAGACCGAGAGGCGAUUCUUUAGAUUCGAGGGUUGCUGCACAACAUCACUCAGAAUCCGUCCCUUCUUCCAGCAGACCUUCGAGUCAGACGGUCCAACUACCUUCUCAGACCACUCCGACUCAUUUGAAACGACAUACUCUUUCAACCAACAUCGUCACGAAAUCGUCGUCGCCUGAUGCAACUGGCCCUUCGACACAGAAUCCUGAGACACCUACUCAAUCCCAGGUAUACUCAACCCUCCACCGUGCCCAAUUGACCGCUUCUACGCCCGACACCACAUGGAACGCCCCUUCACAACGACUUCGUCGCUCUAAUACCCUUGAUAACUCAGUAUCUCCUCAUGCUGCAGCGCGACACGCGCUGGACAGAGUGUCCGAGCCGUCUUCCUCGCCCCCAAUUACACCACCGAGUAUGCAGUCGAGACCGUUCCCCACGCUGUCGCAUCGACCUCGACCAGCUUCUCUAUACGAUUCCCCAUACUCAGUAUCCUCUCCUCCGGAAAAGGGACGCCAUAAGCCUUCAAGUAGUCCGGAUCUUAACGUCAGCCCUUCGCGAUCACUAGAGCAGUCUUUAUUUCGCAACCAGACUUCCGCUGCUUCACCAUCGCCGUCUUCGUCUGUGAUGUCUCCGCCACCCUACAGGAGUUCAUAUAUGAUAAAUAAGAAGGCGUCAACCUACGGUCCUCUGGGGGGCAGAAGGAAACUUGGUCGACAUCUCCCUCGCAUAGCGAGUGGAGACGUGGAUGAAAACUUAGAAGAAGAGAACGACAAAGCGAAAGUCUUGGGCGUUGGGCCUGAUCCACCAGGACAAACGACCUACCGUCGUCAUGAUGAUCCUCCGCUGUUUCCAACACUACAGGAUGGGUCCGUGCAGGGGGUGCCAAGCACAGAUGACGUUGCUGGAAUUCCCGGUCGUCUGCGGCUAUCUAGAGACAAAUUACCGAGCACGCCUGCGUCUCCCAUGCCGUCCUCGCAUCUGACACGCGGCCUUUGGGCAGACACCCAGAGGCACCUCCUGCAGGCUUACGAAUAUCUUUGUCACAUUGGGGAGGCACAACAAUGGAUAGAGGGGUGUCUCGGCGAAGAGCUUGGGUUUGGAGUGGUGGAGAUGGAAGAGAAACUUCGCAAUGGGGUGGCACUUGCCAAGCUCGCCAGGGCUUUCCAGGGGGGACGUGUCGUCCGACGUAUAUAUGAGGCUCCCAAAUUGGACUUCCGGCAUUCAGAUAACAUCAACUACUUUUUUGCCUUUGUGAGAGAAGUCGCACUUCCCGAAUGUUUCAUUUUCGAACUCACCGAUCUAUACGAGAAGAAGAAUAUCCCGAAAGUCAUUUAUUGUAUACAUGCCCUCAGUCAUCUUCUUGCUCGAAGGGGUCUUGCACAACGUAUAGGCAACUUAGUGGGGCAGUUGCAAUUCUCCGACGACCAGUUGCAGCAGACUCAGAAAGGCCUUAAUGACGCCGGCAUCACUAUGCCCAACUUUGGGGACGUUGGACGCGAACUUGCCAAAGAAAUUAAUGAAGAUCCGGAAGUCGAAAUUGAAACGGAGGAAGAACGCUGCGAUCGGUUGCUGGCGGAAAACGAAGAGUCUAUUUGUGCAGUGCAGUGCUUUGCCCGCGGCUUCCUUAUCCGCAAAGCAUACGCGACACAGUGCGCUCGUGUUCGACUCGCCGAACGGUACGUUCUGAAAGUUCAAGCCCAUUGUCGUGGCGUACUCGCUCGCCGGGAUGUAUCACACAUCCGUAAGGCUGCUACGGACCUUACGCCUUGGGUGAUUAGCCUGCAAUCCCUCGUACGUGGUCACACGAAACGACAACGCUGGCUUAGUUUCUUGUCCCAACUCCGAACACAUGUUGGUUACGUCGUUUCCGUUCAAGCACAGGCCCGUGGUGUCCUCCAGCGCAGGCGGUUGUCCUCUCUCAAGAUGGCGUUAAGGCGCACGAGCCAAAUCUUUAUGCAAUUCCAGGCUUCGGCCCGUGCCAAGAUUACAAGGCAAGGCGUGAAGGAAUUGUCAAAGACGUUCGGAUCCCCUGAGAUAGCACCUUCUGUGAUUGCAGUACAAGCAGCCGCCCGUGGACUUCUGCGAAGGGCCACUAUAUUGAAGCAUUUAAGAUUGCUAGGUGCCAACGAGCACAGUAUUCUCGAUCUACAAGCCCAAUGCAGGGGUGUACUCGUUCGCAGGCGGAUACGAACACAGCUCGCAAAACUAGUCGAUGUCUCGUCUACGGUUGUUCGCAUACAAGCUGCCGCUAGGACAUACAUGGCCCGGAAGCGUCUGUUGGCACUCAUACGUGGGCUCCGCCGAGCAACACCUGCGAUCAUAGGUCUUCAGGCUCGGGCUCGAGCAGGCCUCGCGCGUCAAUACCAUCAGAACGUAAACAAGGCGUUAUCGGAGAUCAAACUUGUCAUCUCUGUUGGCAGUUUCCAGGCUCGGGCUCGUGCUGCCCUUGCACGCAACCGCCACCGGGAGCAGCAGAAAUGCCUCGAGUUUGUAGUGCCCGACGUGACAGGUAUGCAGGCCGCGACUAGGGGUUACUUGGUGCGGAGGGAAUAUAUCGCAUGGCGCACUCAUCUUUGGAAGAGCCAACCAGUCGCGACAAUGCUUCAGGCUCUAUUGCGUGGCGCGCUUCAACGACUGAAGUUCCGUGCUAAAAUAGAUUACUACCGCUCUCACUUGGACAAAGUUGUGAAGGUGCAAUCCUUGUUCCGCGCCAAGGAAACUCGCGAACAAUACCGGCAGCUCACGUUGGGCAGGAACGUCACCGUUGGUACCAUCAAAAACUUCGUCCAUUUAUUGGAUGAUUCAGAGGCAGACUUCCAAGAUGAGAUUAAGGUUGAAAGGCUGAGGAAGAAGGUGGUUGAAAGCAUCCGAGAAAACCAGGCACUUGAGAACGAUGUAAGCGACCUGGAUGUCAAGAUUGCGUUGGUCGUCCAGAAUGUCAAGUCAUUCGAGGAGCUGGUCAAAGCGCGGCGCAAGUACGGUGCCGAUAACGUAGCAGCGCAUGCUACUCGUGCUUCCAUCUUGGCUGCCCACGGAGACCCAUUUGCUGGGCCUAACACACUGGACCAUGCUGCCAAGCGGAAGCUCGAACUUUAUCAACAACUUUUCUACCUCCUGCAGACGAAUGGAGAGUAUCUGAGCAGGCUCUUUGUGGAACUCACUAACGACGACUCGGCUGAAAAACACAGGCCGCUGGCGGAACGGGUAGCUUUGACACUUUUUGGGUAUGGUCAGGAUAGACGGGAGGAUUAUCUACUCUUGAAAUUACUUCAGCUAUGCAUACGUCAAGAAAUAGCGUCUGCUCAGACUGUCGAAGAUGCCAUCCACGGUCACCCAAUUUAUAUAAGCAUAGCCGUUCAAUACCUUCGUCCCAAACAGGUGCCUUAUGUCCGGGAAACAGUGCAACCGAUUAUACGCGAAUUAAUUGAAGCAGUAGAUCUUGAUCUCGAGUCGGAUCCUUCGAUAAUACACCGAUCUAGGGUAGCCAUCGAAGAAAUGCGCUCGGGUGUCCCCAGCAACAAACCUAAAGAUGUUCCUUUCUACGAAGCAUUGGAAGAUCCUGAUACGAGAGCCGAGUACAUCAGACAUUUGCAAAAGUUACAGUGGUGGAGCGAAGCUUUCAUGUCUGCCAUUCUCCAGUCGGCGAAGAGAGUACCAUACGGAAUGCGUUUCAUUGCUCGCGAGACGCUAGCUUCACUACGAGAACGAUUCCCAGAUGCCCGUGACACGGCGUACGCAGCGUGUAUUGCCAGACUGGUCUACUACCGGUAUCUUAACCCAGCAAUCAUUGCUCCGGAGACAUUCGAUAUAGUUACCACCACAAUUGAUGUAGCCACGAGGAAAAAUUUGGCCCAAAUCUCGCAAGUUCUCACUCAAAUCGCUUCUGGCUCUGAGUUUAGUGAGGAUUCACCGAGAUACUUACCCAUCAACGAAAUGGUUCGCAAAUCUAUUUCUCAAAUGACUGCAUGGAUGCUGCAGCUUGCCGAGGUGCCGGACGCCGAAGCUCACUACCAUGCCCACGAAUUCCUGGACGUAACCGUACAACCUAAGCCUAUCUAUAUAUCCCCCAACGAGGUAUACGCCAUGCAUGGGUUGCUGUCGAAGUAUCAGGAUCAAUUGUCUCCCUCCCGCGAGGAUGCACUUCGAGUCAUUCUGCAAGAGCUGAAUGGCGUCCCUAACAUUGAAAAUGACGAACUCAAGGAUGCCCGAGACAAAGCCAUCACACUGGAGCUGACAAAUAGAUUUGCCCGAGUUCGUGAUCCCCAAGCAGACGAGAAGGCACUCUGGGUUCAAGCCAAACGUGGAGUCCUGGCUAUUCUUCGCGUUCAACCCGCUCAGGAUCUGGUCGAAUCCCUCAUGAAACCUGUCACCGAACCUGAAGAACUCCGCUGGGAGGCGAUCAUUGCUGACAUGGAUAACGAGCCCGCUAAUCGGCGCAUGCCAUCUACCUCAGGGGACGCUGGGUAUAGGCUGGAGGACAUUCGUUUAUUGCAAUUCAAGGAGGUCAAAGCUCACACAAUCUUUUAUCUGCUUGAACUUGAAAAGCGGGGCAAAAUUAUGCGCGACGAUGGCUUCCAGGGAAUUCUCGAUGCCAUUGCUAGUGACAUACGCAGUAAGCACCGCAAGCGUCUGCAACGUCAACAGGAAGUGGAUAGCAUGAUGGAUGCCUUGAAACAUCUCAAUGAACGCAAGAAGUACUUCCAAGAACAGAUCGACAGCUAUCACAAUUAUGUUGAAGGUGCAAUGGCAACAAUGCAGCGGGGCAAAGGGAAGAAGCGGUUUGUCUUACCAUUCACCAAGCAAUAUUUCCACCUUCGUGACCUCCAGAAGUCCGGCAAGAGCCCUCAGUUCGGUUCAUUCAGAUAUAGCGCCAAGGACCUGUACGAAAAAGGGAUUCUUCUCUCUGUUGACCAGUUCUCUCCCCGUCAAUUUGAUAAACUAGACGUUAUCAUCUCGUCAAAUAAAGCCGGCAUCUUUACUAUGGAAGUGAUCAACAACGCCUUGGGCAUCUCAAACCGCAUUGCAACUGCAGACCUCCGCAUGGAGGAUUUGCUGCAAGCUCAGUUUGAAAACCGGGCAUCACUUUCGCUUUUCAAUGGAAUGGUUAAAGUCAAUCUUAGCCUUCUCUUGUACCAGAUCAAUAAGAAAUUUUAUGUCUGAAGAUCUGACCGCCCAUCCCGGAUCACCGAGGACAUCUUGCUCUAUCAAAUUUCUGUUACUAGGAGUUUCAUAAUUACUUAGGAUAUCGUAGCAUUGUCUUUGCUUUACCUUUUGCCAACUACUCUGUAACGAUAGGUUUUUCGACAUGCAUCUUAGAUUUGCUCGAGUGUAA